GCCUUCCUUUUUGCACUGUGGACUUCGAGGUGCACCCAGGGCACCAGGUUAGGAAAGCUUGGGACCUGGACGCCUCGCGGGAGUCGCUUGGAACCUGACACUCCACCUGCUCCUCCAGGUCACUGGUCGCGGCACCCCAUCCCCGCCUGCAUGGCCCUGAGAAGCGUCACCACACGGUUGCUGCACCGCGGGCCCCACCUCUGCCUCUGGCAUUCGCGGGGCUGGGCGGCGCACACAGCCUCGCGUCCGGAGUUCGACUGGCGGGACCCGCUGGUACUGGAGGAGCAGCUGAAGGCGGACGAGAUCCUCAUCAGGGACUCCUUCCGCAACUACUGCCAGGAGCGACUCAUGCCGCGAGUGCUGAUGGCCAACCGCAACGAAGUGUUUCACCGGGAAAUCCUCACUGAAAUGGGGGAAUUGGGUGUACUGGGACCCACUAUCAAAGGCUACGGCUGUGCUGCGGUCUCCUCGGUGGCGUAUGGGCUUCUAACCCGAGAGCUGGAGCGGGUGGACAGUGGCUUCAGGUCCACGAUGAGCGUGCAGUCUUCCCUUGUUAUGCAUCCUAUCUAUGCCUAUGGGAGCGAGGAACAGCGGCAAAAAUACUUACCUCGGCUGGCCAAGGGGGAGCUUGUGGGCUGCUUUGGCCUCACAGAGCCCAACCACGGGAGUGACCCUGGUGGCAUGGAGACCAGGGCCCGCCACAACCCAGCAAACAAGAGCUACACCCUCAGUGGGACCAAGAGUUGGAUCACUAACUCGCCAGUGGCUGACCUGUUUGUAGUGUGGGCUCGGUGUGAGGAUGCCCGCAUUCGGGGCUUCCUGCUGGAGAAGGGGAUGCGGGGCCUCUCGGCCCCCAAGAUCGAGGGCAAGUUCUCCUUGCGGGCCUCGGCCACAGGAAUGAUUAUCAUGGACAAUGUGGAGGUGCCGGAGGAGAAUGUGCUGCCUAACGUGGCUGGCCUGGCGGGCCCCUUUGGCUGCCUCAAUAAUGCCCGCUAUGGCAUCACAUGGGGCGUGCUGGGAGCCGCUGAGUUCUGCCUGCACACAGCCCGGCAGUACACUCUGGACAGGAUCCAGUUUGGUGGCCCCUUGGCCAAGAACCAACUAAUCCAGAAGAAGCUGGCAGACAUGCUGACUGAGAUCACGCUGGGGCUCCAGGCCUGCCUGCGUCUGGGCCGCCUCAAGGAUCAGGACAGGGCCACCCCAGAGAUGAUCUCCCUGCUGAAGAGGAACAACUGUGGGAAAGCCCUGGACAUUGCUCGCCAGGCCCGAGACAUGCUGGGUGGCAACGGAAUUUCGGACGAGUACCACGUGAUCCGACACGCCAUGAACCUAGAAGCAGUGAACACCUAUGAAGGUACGGCUGACAUCCAUGCGCUGAUCCUUGGACGGGCAAUCACAGGAAUUCAGGCAUUCACAGCGGGCAAGUAAACCCAUUUGGCACCAUAGCUGCCUUCCGGAGAGAUGCUUGCUGGACUCUGGCACUGCAUGGUCUAGGCUGACCAGGAGGUGGUGGACAACCUGACUUCCGCAGUGGGAGUGAGGGACACCAACCAGUAAACAUCAACAUCUCUCUUUGGAAGGUGUUCAGAUGCGCUCCUUGCAAAGAAGUGGGGAGGGGAUUCCCUAUCAAGGAUUUCCCAUCCACUGUUAGCUCAGCUCACCUUAACACAGAAGCCUCUCUGCUGAGAGAGUAGGCGACCUGUGUGGCUAAGUAGC